GAUAUGAUGUGGCGCUCACGAUUGAAUUUAGGAAAGUGGCGGUGUGUUGGGAGAAGAUGUUUCAGCGGAAUGGACAAUAGCUAUAUCACUAAUUUAGUGAAGUUAGGAGUAAUUGUUACGUGUACGUUUGAAACAUCAAAGAUUGGUGAACUGUUCAGCUUUUGUUGCGAAGGCAGCACGACUAUGAACACUACCUUGCACUCUUGCUGCUCCCCUCUGGUGCAAGGCAAGCAGCAUUUGCUAUUAGAGCUUUCAACGUGGAACUAGCUAUGAUUCGCAGCAUAGUAUCUGACAAGGAAAUUGGGAAAAUGAGAAUUAAGUUUUGGAGAGAUACACUAAACAGCAUUUACAGUACAUCAUCUCCUAACCAACCAGUUGCUGUUGCUCUGAGAGAAGCUGUUAGAACAAAGAAAUUAUCGAAGCAGUGGCUGACACGGUUGUUGGAUGCACGGGAGUCUAAUCUGGAUGACCGACUAUAUGUAACAUUGAAAGAUGUGGAAGAUUAUGCUGAGAAUACAUCAUCUUCUACUCUUUAUCUGACUCUAGAAGCUGUGGGUGUGAGGGAUGUACAAUCUGAUCAUGCAGCCAGUCAUCUAGGUAAAGCAGAGGGAAUUGUCACUCUGCUGAGAGCUACACCUUACCAUGCACACAACAAGAAGGUGUUUUUGCCUAUGGAACUGUUGGCUUUGCAUCGGCUGUCACAAGAGGAUGUUUUGAGAAGGCAGAACAGCAGUAGUUUGCAGGAUGUUGUGUAUGAUGUUGCCAGCCAAGCAAACAUGCAUCUAAACAUGGCUAGAAGUUUGUCAAGCAAGAUGACGUCUGAUGCAAAGACAUGUUUGCUGCCAGCAAUCUCUUGCAGUAGCUUUUUGGAUGCCAUUCAAAAAUGCAAUUUUAAUGUCUUUGAUGGACGGCUACAGCAGAGGGCAGCUUUAUUGCCACUCGCUUUGCUAUGGCAUCGACUUUGGAGAAAAUACUAGCAAGCGUUGAGGUAGAUUUUAGGCAGUUUGUUUGGUAAACUAACACAAAAGCACAAUUUGAUUUACAUAAAUCAAGGCAUUGUAUUGCAUAAUGUAAUUAUUUUCAUAUAAAUGUGAUUAUGGAGUAUUAAUCAUGUAUUUUAAGAUCUUAUGAUAAUUAAUAGAUAUUAUCUUUCAUAAGAGAUUGUAUGUAUUUAGGAAUAGAUGGUUUGGUGCAUACUGCUCCAUAUGUGUAGAGUAAUA